AUGGUCUUUGAGGGUCUGGGUGAGCGCGCCCGUCGCCAGGUCCCAGAGGCGCACUGUCUUAUCAUAAGAGCCAGAGGCUAUCAAACGGCUGUCGGGCGAAAAGGCCACCGAAUGAACCCAACUUGGAUGGCCUUCGAGGGUCUGGGUGAGCCUGACCUUCUUCGGGUCCCAGAGGCGCACUAUUUUAUCACGGGAACCAGACGCCAGUACCCGGCCGUCGGGCGAGAAGGCCACCGAAUGAACCGAACCCGAAUGGCCUUUGAGGGUCUGAGUGAGUGCGCCCGUCGCCGGGUCCCAUAG